AUGGACACUAUUGCAGCUUGGAAAUUGAAUGAUUCAUCAACAUCAUCACUUGUGGUUGUAAUGGUUCCAUUCUUAGCUCAAAGCCAUUUGAACCAACUCCUUCAAUUUGCCAAUGUCGUUUCCUCAUACGACAUUCCAGUCCACUACGUUAGCUCAACUCUUCACAUCUCUCAAGUCAAGUCUCGAGCCUCAAACCCAAUUCACCAACUUACCAAAAUCCAUUUCCAUGAUUACCCACUUCCAUUUUCAUCAUCAUCAUUAUCAUUAUCGGAUGAUGACGAGUCCUGCUUUACAGCCAAGUUCAUCGAAAAUUGGUUUCCUUUAUUCGAAGCCUCACCACACCUUCGCCAACCGAUUUUUGAUCUUCUCCAAUCACUGUCUCAAUCCACAAAACGACUUGUCGUUAUUCAUGGUGUUAUGAUGGCUUCGGUGGUUCAAGAUGUCGUUCGUAUCCCAAACGGAGAAGCCUACUCAUUCAAUUGCAUCUCUGUUUUUGCUAACUUUGUAUAUGGGUCUCUCUCCUUUGGACGAAACGACGUCGUCCCAAUAAAGAAUAUACCGCCUUUGGAAUCAUGUUUUCCUGCUGUGAUGAAGGAUUUUUUUGGAGAAAGAGAUGAAGGUGGAACUUUUCUACAAAGUCUUGUAAACGACAUUGGUGUGGAGAACAACAAGGUUUGGGCUGUUGGGCCUUUACACCAAAUCACAAUAACUAAUAAUAAGGACAAGUGGUUAUUGGAAUGGUUGGACAAACAAGAGCCAAAUAGUGUGUUGUAUAUUUCUUUUGGAACCACACCUGUUUUUUCAGAUGAAGAGAUUAAGGAGAUUGCAAUUGGGUUAGAGCUAAGUGGGGUUAAGUUUAUUUGGGCAUUGAGAGAAGGAGAUAAAUUUGAUGUUUUAGGUAGUAAUGAAGAAGGUGAAGGACCCCAAGUUCCAGAUGGGUUUGAGGAAAGAAUGAAGGGAAUGGGAAUUGUGGUGAGGGAAUGGGUGUCCCAAGUGGAGAUUUUGAGGCACAAAUCAAUAGGUGGGUUUAUGAGUCAUUGUGGAUGGAAUUCUUGUAUGGAGAGUAUAAGUAUGGGAGUGCCUUUAGCAACUUGGCCAUUGCAUUCAGAUCAACCUAUUAAUGCUCUUUUUAUCACACAAGUGUUGAAAGUGGGUGUGGCUGUUAUGGAAUGGGAGCAGAGAGAUGAGGUUGUGAGUUCAUCCAUGAUUAGCAGAGCUGUUAGGACAUUAAUGGCUUCAAAUGAAGGUGGUGAGAUGAGAAAGAGGGCUGAGAAAUUGGGUGCUGAAGUUAGAAAGUCUACUGAAGAAGAAGGUGUCACUCGUAUGGAAUGGGAUUCUUUCAUUGCUCAUAUCACUAGAUAG